AUAAAUGCAUGUGAAAUCCAGAGAUUUUCAGAUUUUCCAUUGUCAAGGAAAACGCUUAAAGGAUUGCAGGAAGCUCAAUAUCGUCUGGUAACAGAGAUACAGAGGCAAACCAUUGGUUUGGCUUUACAAGGUAAAGAUGUACUUGGAGCUGCAAAGACUGGAUCGGGCAAAACCUUGGCUUUUAUUGUCCCAGCCUUGGAACUCCUGUAUCGCCAGCAGUGGACUUCAGCUGAUGGACUGGGAGUUUUGAUAAUAUCACCUACCCGAGAACUAGCAUAUCAAACCUUCAAGGUGCUGCGUAAAGUGGGAAAGAAUCAUGAGUUCUCAGCUGGUCUUAUCAUUGGGGGAAAGGAUCUGAAAGAAGAGUCUGAAAGAAUCCACCACAUAAAUAUGCUAAUUUGUACUCCGGGACGACUUCUACAACACAUGGAUGAAACUUCAUAUUUCUAUGCAUCUGAUCUGCAAAUGUUGAUUCUCGAUGAAGCUGAUAGAAUUCUAGACAUGGGGUUUGCUGAUACAAUGAAUGCAAUAAUAGAAAAUCUGCCUAAGAAGCGCCAGACCUUGCUAUUUUCUGCAACACAAACAAAAUCGGUGAAGGAUCUUGCACGGCUGAGCCUGAAAGACCCGGAAUAUGUUUGGGUUCAUGAGAAAGCCAAAUUCAGCACUCCAGCAACUUUGGACCAGAACUAUGUUGUCUGUGAGCUUCAGCAGAAAGUAAACAUGUUAUACUCUUUCUUGAGAACUCACUUGAAAAAGAAGAGCAUUGUGUUUUUUGCAAGCUGUAAAGAGGUCCAGUAUCUAUUCAGAGUGUUCUGUAAGCUUCAGCCUGGUCUUCCUGUACUGGCACUCCAUGGCAAGCAGCAGCAGAUGAAGAGAAUGGAGGUCUACACUUGUUUUGUUCGGAAAAAGGCAGCAGUACUUUUUGCUACAGAUAUUGCGGCUCGUGGCCUGGAUUUUCCAGCAGUGAACUGGGUCAUUCAGUUUGAUUGUCCAGAAGAUGCAAACACAUACAUCCACAGAGUGGGAAGAACAGCCAGAUACAAAGAAGGUGGUGAAGCUUUGUUAGUAUUGCUUCCCUCUGAAGAAAAAGGCAUGGUGGAACAGCUGGCACAGAGGAAAGUACCUAUCAGUGAAAUCAAAAUUAAUCCUGAAAAACUUACAGACAUCCAAAAGAGGAUGCAAGCUUUCUUAGCUCAAGAUCAGGAGUUAAAAGACAAAGCUCAAAGGUGUUUUGUAUCCUACUUGCGUUCAGUUUACUUAAUGAAGAACAAGGAAGUAUUCGAUGUUUUCAAAUUGCCUCUAGCAGAAUAUGCCCU